CUGUUUCUCUCUCUUCCCAAGAUGGAGGAAGAAGAUAUCUUCGCUGGUUCAUCAAUGGCGAGUCUUGAUUCACUGAUGAUCCUUACCUUCGCGAGAAUCAGACGCACUGAAGAAGAAUAUGCUGCUCAUAAAAUCCUGCAAAGUGGAGGGAAUCUCAAUGCAGCUCUUGAUGCGCAUUACCGUUUAGAAGAUUGUGCAAACAUUGCGAGUGGAUGUUCUAGUCCAGAGUCUGAAGACGAGUCGAUUCCACCAGUACAAGAAGAAAAUUUUCCUAGGGAACACCUUACUGAUUCUAGUAGAAGGAUUAUUUCUUUUGCUGAUGAUCUCAGCGCAAUUUCUAGCAACUAUCUAGUUGGUCGUACAACAGGGCCACGAGAUUUAGUGGAAGCUCCAUUAGAAAUGAGGUAUGAUGCAUUUGGACGCCGUGGCCAUACACCAAGAGUUCUCCCCAGCAACAUUUUGCUUCACGAAUUUGAUGGUCUUGAAGAAGAAAUGAAGGUAAUUCGUUUCGAGGAAGAUGCAGCUGAGUUUUUUGGAUAUGAGCCAUUUGCACGUCAUGUACAUACACCAAGUGUACCACCCAUCCACACUUCGCUACACGCCAUCAAUGAUCUUGAAGAGGGAAUAAAGGGAGGACAAGACGCUCUUGCUGGACAUAGAAAGUCUCACCUACAAGAUCCCUACCUUGCUCAUGCUAUCUCUCUGUCCUUGGAGACAGCCGAGAAAGAGAAACAGUUGCGUGAGAAAGCUAGUAGGAUUGGAGAAUUAAGAUCUGAAGGUUAUGAGGGAUCCAAUGUAGAGCAACGGCAGAUGAGAUAUUCAAGUAGUGGUGUGGAAGCAAGAAACACAUCCUACCACAGUAAACCCGAUGAUGAAGAUAGUAUGUCCAGAGGUUUUCCUGCUGCUCCGCGUCUGAUCAAUGCUUCUGAUUUAGAUGAGUGGUCUACUUUACAAGAGGCAACAAUGAUUGGUCAAGUUCCUGAAAGCAGAUACCGAUCAGGAACCCUGGCUCCUCACACGCCUUUGCCUUCAGUAGACGCUCAGCGCCGGAUGUGGGAGAAACAGGAACUUGAGAAGCAAUUGACUGAAAAAGAAGCAUCAUUGCCUCCAGAUUCAGCCAUGGAUGAUGAAAAUACUGUCACCCAUUGUCAUACGUAUGCCAAGUGGAAACCGCCUUGCCUGCCGGUUCAUGAAAUCCCACAAUCUUCAGGCGCUUUUGGACUUCAUUGACGUUAGUAGAUUGAUCAAGCGUAAUACUUACAGAUUGGUGAAACCAUUCCCACGACAGACAUUUGGUGCAGAACAAAGUUGCUUGACAUUGCAGGAGAUUGGCCUCGUAAACAAACAAGAGGAUUUGUUUUUGGAAAUCAUCUUGUUUCUUUCUAACACAUAUCACUUUCACUGUAAAAAUCUAGUCUUUUCUUUAAACAAAAUCAUUACUUUUUGUUUUUCUGUGUGUUUGUUGUUGUAUAUACUAACAUUGUUACAGUGUAAGCAUUAAAAGUUACAAUAGACCAGAAACUACCCAUUUUUGUUAACUCAAUUUUUA